AUGUUUGAGGGGUGGUUGGUAGGGGAUGUGGUGGGGGGAGGGUUGGGUGAGGGGGGGGUGUGUGGGUGGGGGGGGGGUUGGUGGGUGUGGGAUGGGGAUUAUGGGUGGGGUUGGUGGGGUGGGGUGGUGUAUAGGGUGGGGGUGGUGUGGGGGAUGGGGGGGAUUGGGGGGGGUGGGGGAGAGGGGGGGUUGGGGGGGAUGGGUGGGGGAGGGAAGGAGGGUGGGGGUUGGGUUGAUGGGGGGGGGGGAUGUUAUGAUGAGGGUAGGGAGGGGGAGGUGGGGGGGGGGGGGGGGUUAGUAGUAGGAUUAGGGGAGGGGUGGAAGGGGGAGAUGGGGGGUUAA